UACCCGUUCUUGCGGCGGCUCUUUGGACGACCGACGGACCUCCUCAGCUGCCCGCACGAUACGGACGUGCUAACGAUUCGGCCUUUCGGUGUCCCCCUGCAGCGCAAUCCGCGCCUGCUCGAUAGGCUCAUUGCGGACCAAGGAUUCCUUACGAUUGAAAUGACGCUGCAGUACCAAGCGCCAGGUGGGCCGUCGCGGCGCCGAGGCACGACCGUCGGGCUCUGCACCAUCGACCUUCCGCAGACGUCGUCGCAGGACAAGAUCGUUUUGAGUGGGUUUUGCCACUUUGAUCAGGAGGCGAGCCGCGUCACACGACCGUCGUCUCCGAAAGGCGUCGCCACGCCCACCGACAACCCCUCCCGGCUCCCAGAACGAUCCGCGGAAGCGGCGCCACCAGUGCAGUAA